AUGGCGGGACAUGGCCUUGACUGGAAUUCUCUUGUCGCCUUUGACAAUGUCGCGGCUGGCCACGACGGCGUCAUGUCAGACGUAUCUGGCAGUCUGAUCAUCAAGCCAUGUGUCGCUGCCGAGGUGGAAUUCUACGAGCUUUCCAACGCUGAGCACCCAGAGUUUGCCCAACUGAUGCCGACAUUCAUGGGGAGCCUACAGCGCGGCCAAUCCAAGGAACUACAGGAUCAUCUCACCACCGCCGCUUCGCGCUCUGCUGCCAACGAAGCAAUUGUUCUACCUGCCGCUCUCGAAAAUGAAACAGAAGAAAAGGACGCAAAAGAUGUAGCCGAGACGAAUAGCGCCCUACGAGGAAAGAAACUGGACACAGGACUUGCUAUCGUACUGGAAAACGUGCUGGCCGGCUUCCAAAAGCCCAAUUUCGUCGAUGUGAAGCUGGGUAAACGACUGUGGGCAGAUGAUGCACCACCUGCCAAACGUACCAAGCUGGACGACGUCGCAUCCCAAACGACUAGUGGUUCGCUUGGCUUCAGGAUAGCAGGCAUGAAGGUAUGGCAUCCUGAGGGCUCAGGAGAGUACAAGGUGUUCGACAAGUUCUACGGUCGAAAUUUGACUUCAGACAAUGUCAAGGACGCUUUCUCAGCCUUCCUCUGUGUUGACCAGAAGACAGAGACUCCAGACAUGAUCAGAGAUAUCGUCAGUAACAUCGAAGAGGCUGUCGGCUCUAUAGAACAAAUUAUUGCGAACCAGGAGAGCAGGAUGUAUUCAGCGAGCUUACUGUUCGUCUAUGAGGGAGACCCACAAGCGCGGAGAGAAGCCCUUGAUUCCGCCGUUGCACAGACGGCACAGAAUCGAGACUCGGACGGUCUUAGGACCCAAGAAGGUGAGGGAAUUGAUGAAGAGAACGAUGACGAUGAUGAGGACGAGCAAGUUGAGCCAAAGCUGUUUGACAUCAAGAUGAUCGACUUUGCUCAUGCAGAGUGGACACCUGGGCAAGGACCGGAUGAGAACAUGCUAGUCGGCAUACGCAGCGUCCGCAAGGUCUUGAAGAGCUUGAUGAAGGGGAUCAGUCGCGAAUCCCCACCAUCCAAACCUGUAUCCAUACCGAUUUUAUCCAUACAACAACAGAACACAGCAUUCAUUGUGCCGCUUUCGAUGUCGCUUCUGCCUGGCUUGUCCCUCUCGGCGCCAUCGACGGCAACACCACAACCGGACGCUGCGUCGCAUGCGCCUCCACGAACCGAAGAGCUGCCCGCGCGCUCAGAGCUGCGUUUCGAAGUCGCUUCCGCCAAAUCAUACCGUAUACGCCUAGUACGAGGAACAGCAGAACUGUUUGGCAGCGAGCUAGCGCCUAGCACGACCUACAUUUUCAGCGGAACAAAAGGCGCCGUCUUCACAUGGCACGGCUGCACCCUGGAGCUGCAGGGCGAGGUUGACAGCGAAUACGUCGGUUCCGAGACAGAAGCCAUGGUGGAAUGGCUGAACGUCCACGGUAUGCUAGAGACAGCGCGCGACGAUGCUGGAGUUGGCAGGGACAGCAAUGGCGGCCCGCGUGUUCUGAUCGUUGGCCCUGACGAUAGCGGCAAGACAAGUCUGCUCAAGUGCUUGACAGCAUGGAGCUUGAAGAUGGGGAGGACACCGACUGUCAUCAACAUGGACCCACGGGAAGGUCUACUCAGCAUUCCCGGCAGCCUGAGUGCAGUCACAAUGGGCAGCAUGUUGGAUGUUGAAGAUGGCUGGGGAAGCAGUCCGGUUUCUGGUCCUACUGGAGUGCCCGUCAAGACACCACUGGUCUACCAUUUUCCUUUUGCAUCUCCCGAGGACAACACGCGCAUGUUCAAACCUCUGGUCACACGCGCUGCUCUAGCUGUUACGAGCAGACUCGAGGAAGACGACGAGGCAAAGCAGAGCGGUAUCAUCAUCGACACACCAGGAAGUGUCAACCAACCAAAAGGCGGGUACGAUCUCCUCAUGCACAUCAUCUCGGAAUUCAGCAUCAACGUCGUUCUCACACUGGGCUCGGAGAGGUUGUACAACGACCUGUUACGCAAGUUCGCCAGCCCCAAGAGCUCCGAUGAUGUGGUGCACGUCUUUCGCAUAUCAAAGUCAGGCGGCGCCGUAGCCAGAGAUGAGGCACUCAUGCGUCAAGCUCGUCAGCAACAGAUCAAAAACUACUUCUUCGGCGAUAGCAGAACAUCACUAAACCCACACGGCCAAUGGUGGGACUUUGGCGAUCUGACCCUCUACAAAGCAGUAGACCCUUCAGCAUCACAGGCACAAUCGUCCUUCUUGCCUGGCAUGGACUAUGACGACGAGUCGGCGCCUGGGCAGGGCGCUGCACCAUGGCUGGAGAAGGUAACGCCAAGUCAAGGAAUGGUCAACGCAAUCUUGUCGGUCAAGUUCUGCUCAGGAAACUCGUCACUGGACCACGUGCGCGACAGCUGUGUCAUGGGGUUCGUUUACGUGGCAGAGGUGGAUGAAGCUAGGAAAAAGGUACGGUUCCUGGCACCGCAUCCCAGCAGGUGGGGUGAUCGAGCAUUGGUUUGGGGCAACUGGCCUGAAGGCGUCGGUGAUUUGGUUGCAUAG